CCCUCGCACAUACAAACUCACCAUUUUCACAAAGCCUCCGCAUUUCUGGUAGCUUCUCCACUUUUUCUUCCAUUUUUAUCACAAACGCUUACACUCAUUCGACCGAAAAUCCUCUUAUGUUUGCGGAAUUCUCCAAAUAUUUUUCACAGAAAAGACAAUGGUAAUGGAAACCUACUACAGAAAACGCUCAAAGAAAGCCCAUCAAUCCAGCAUGGAAUUGGAUCAGUGUCGCCAGAAAGAAGCAGUGCAGCUUCAAGGCAGCGUUGCUGCGGCAGCGCCUCCACAACAGUCACCUCCAUCUGGAUGCUGCGCCCUCCUGCUUCAAGAAAGCCAGUUCUUGAUUCCGAACGGUGGUGAUGAAGAUGAAUCCCAGAUGCAAAACCAUAUCAAAGAGGGGUUUCUUUACGAGAUCAAUCACGCUCGUUUACCCCCAAGAACCCCGGCCCAGCUCCGGUCCAUCCGAGUUGCUAUGCUUGUUAUUUAUGGGUAA